AUGGGCUCUGUCGAAAAUUCACCUGUACCGGCAAGCGCUGAAUAUUAUGAUCUUGGAUCAUUUGGACACACCAUCACUACAACCAGCGCAGAUACACAAACAUGGUUCAACCGCGGUUUAACCUGGUGUUACGCCUUCAAUCAUCUCGAAGGUGCCUAUUGCUUCGAACAAGCAAUUAGCCAUGAUCCAUCAUGUACAAUGGCUCACUGGGGAUUGGCGUAUGCGCUGGGACCCAAUUACAAUAAAGGCUGGGAUCGGUUCGAUCCCCAAGACUUAGCUGUCUGCUUAAAACGAGCCUUUGCCGCAUCGCGACGCGCAAAGGAAUUAUCAGUCCAUGCCUUGCCCUGGGAGCAGGCACUUGCCGACGCCCUUACACUGCGCUACCCGAGCGAAACCCCGCUGGCGGACUACUCGGUGCCAAGCGCAGAAUACGCUGCCGCUAUGAAAUCAGCGUACGAGAAGUACGGCAGCGAUCUGGAUAUCGCAGUGCUGUAUGCGGAUGCGCUGAUGAAUUUGACUCCCUGGGCCCUGUGGGAUCUGUUUACCGGCCAGCCUGUCAAGGGUGCCCCGACGGCUGACGUGCAGCGAGUGCUGGAACGGGCAUUGGAGCAAGACGGUGGUUAUCAACAUCCUGGUCUUCUGCAUCUGUAUAUUCAUUAUAUCGAGAUGUCUCCUACCCCUGAGUUGGGUAUGAAUGCGGGUGAUCAUUUACGGGAUCUGGUUCCGGAUGCUGGUCAUCUGCACCAUAUGCCUACUCAUCUGGAUAUCUUGGUUGGUGACUGGCGCCGUUCUAUUGCGUCGAAUUAUAACUCGACUCUUGCCGAUGAUAAAUUCCUGCGUCGUGCGGGGGCUGUCAAUUUUUAUACGUUCUACCGGCUUCAUGAUUACCAUUCGCUGAUUUAUGCUGCUAUGUUUGCUGGAAAACUCAAAACCGCUAUGGAUGCUGUUGCGCGUAUGGAGGCGUCCGUUCCGGAGGAGGUGCUUCGCAUGAAAUCCCCUCCUAUGGCGGACUGGCUGGAGAAUUUCAUGACCGUGCGCGUGCAUGUCAUGGUACGCUUUGGCAUGUGGGAGGAGAUUAUUCAGAUGGAAUUGCCCCAUGACCAAGAUUUAUACACGGUCAAAACAGCCAUGGUUCAUUAUGCCAAGGGAGUCGCAUAUGCAGCGACGGGACGGGUAGGUGAAGCAGAGCAGGAGCGGGAAUUAUUCCAAAGGGCUCGGACACGAGUGCCAGAGACUCGUCGGGCCUAUAAUAGCAAGUGCUCCGAUCUCCUGGCUGUGGCGUCCGCUAUGCUCGAUGGAGAGAUUGAAUACCGUCGUGGGGAGUACGAGCAGGCGUUCGACAGUCUGUGCAAAUCGAUCGAGCUGGAUGAUAGGCUUCCGUACAGUGAACCCUGGGCCUGGAUGCAGCCUACUCGACAUGCCUACGCUGCCCUUAUGUUGGAACAGGGCCAAAUCGAGAAGGCCGAGAGUGUGUAUCGCGCUGACCUUGGGCUGGACAACACUCUCAUCCGGCCCCGGCGGCAUCCGAACAAUGUCUGGUCCCUCCAGGGCUACCAUGAAUGCUUGGUGCGUUUGGGGAAGACGGAACAAGCGGCUAUGAUCGAGCCUACACUAAGGCUGGCGCUGGCUGUGGCAGAUGUCCCUAUCAAGGCAUCUUGCUUCUGCAGACUAGAUACAUCGCAGGCUCCGGAGGUGAUUAAGAAGGGUUGUGGCGAUAAAGGUCGUUGUCAUUAG